AUGAAAUCUGCUGCUGCGCUUAAGAAACUGAGAGCUUUAAUGAAAAAUCUUACUUAUGUAAAUGAACCACUAAAUGCUUACAUAGUUCCAGAAACUGACUCCCAUUCAAGUGAAUAUUUGGCAGAAUGUGAUAAAAGAAGAUCAUUUAUUUCUGGCUUUACUGGCUCAUACGGCACUGCCAUUAUAACAGAUAAACAUGCUUGUUUAUGGACGGAUGGACGUUAUUUUAUUCAAGCCAGCAAAGAAUUAGAUAGUGAAUAUUGGACAUUAAUGAAAGAAGGUACUCCAUCUACUCCCAGUCAAGAAAUUUGGUUGGUUCAAAAUUUACCAGAAGGCAGCAGAGUUGGAGUUGAUCCUAAAUACAUGCAAUAUGAUAAAUGGAUUAUACUACAAACAGAAUUGGAAUCUUCAGGACUUAACCUUGUGCCUGUUAGUACGAAUCUUAUAGAUGUCAUUUGGGAAAAUAAACCUGAACCCCCCAAUUCAAUUAUUGAACCCCUGCCUUUUAAGUACAGCGGAAAAACUUCCAAAACGAAAAUAAAUGAAGUAAGAGCUUUAAUGAAAGAGAAAAAAGCUAAAAUUCUCGUUAUUACCGCACUGGAUGAAAUAGCAUGGUUGUUAAAUUUAAGAGGCUCAGACAUUGAAUAUAAUCCCGUUUUCUUUUCGUAU